AUGGGCCUAGUGACAUUGGAAGAAGCUCUUAGCCAGGCCAUCCGGAAGGAUGUAAAUCUGGUGGUUCGGCAUGUUGCUGGUGCUCCAACUCCUUGUCCACCAAUCUUCUCGCCCCCGAUAGGUGAACCUGAUGAGCCAACUAUACGCAAGCAGCAUUUCCUAGCCGUCUCUAUUAACCCAGGCACUGAGAAGGCAACAGAACAGCAAGCGGGAAGUGAGGGUUCCGCAGACGACAACGAAUUACUUGUCUUCGCAAUUGAGGUCUUGGUAUACACAACAGACAAGUUGUCUACUCUCUUUGUGUCCAAAGCUGAUUCUACUGGCUACCUUUCUCUCUUAAACCGUGACCAAAACUCACCAGCAGCGUACUCACUGACCAGAAAUGUCUUGAGCACUUUCUUUUACCACCUUGCUCGCAUUUACCAGAAGCCGGAUAUUACCCUUGUCCUCUCGCUUUUUGCAAGGGCCCAGGAUCAAUACCUCUUUCCGGGGAGCUCAGAAAACAAGGGGAAACAUAUAUUGGAUGACCGUGGUCUGAUAAAAUGGUGGUGUCGAGUUAUUGACCCCAUCAUGAAAUCCAUAGAGCAGGGAAACAGUGAUGACCCACCUGCUAACCCCCCCAAUACCACCGCCCCCAAUACAAAACAAUCAGUUGCAACUCAUCUUAUUGUCCCCGGCUGUGAUACGUUUGAAACUAAGAAUUUUAUUCCAAAGAGCGAGGGCGCCGUCAACACACCCGGUAGCCACUGGAGGCUUGAUUAUCCUCUCCACCAAAUCUGCUCUUAUCCCAAUGCUGCUCCACGGUGCCUAGUCCCUCGAUUCCCUGAUGAUCCUAAAGCCCGGUUUCUUAUCGAUCUAGACGACGAGAUAACAGACGAAAACCCCCCUCAUGAGCUGAAGAACUCGGGGCGGUGGCAUAGUGUAAAAACGCUGGAUCAGUUUUGGGAAAUGAUGUCCUAUCGUCAGGAGUGCUCGGCUGGCAGGCUAGUUGGGUUCCUUUGGAUGGUUGUUAAGCCUUCACCUUCUACCACUACCGACAAGGUCCCUGAUCCAACUCCCGUUGAGGAUAACCUCGCAGACCAGAACCAAACCGCAAAUACCGAUCCAGUCGCGAAGAAGGAAGCCCCAGUCGAAAAGUCUUUGGAGAAUCAUAAACACGCCAUUGAUGACUCGAUAAUCGAAAUAAGCAACAGCGACUACAAAGCACUUGCAGACUUCCUUCUUGAUCUUGAUUUCUCCAAUGAGUCGGAUGCGACAGCCAACACGAAGCUAUGGAUCGAAGAGCUUUCUUCCUUGAGCCGUUGUAAUAAGAACGGCCUAAGGAUCACAGGAAAGGCGGCUGCAGUCGGGCCGUCGCUUCCAACGUUAAUGUCAAAACCUCCUGUGUCCACAAACGUACUCGGUGAUGGAUUAAUUCGGAAAAGGAAACGGCAGCCCAGUACUACCACGGCAGCCCUCAGUGAAAACGCAAACACCCCUUCUUGUGAACCUUCGACAACCCAAGAGGCAGAAAAUGGCUCAAAACCUACCGAUUCACAACCGACUGCUGGAAGUCAAGAACAAUCAACAUCAAGUGCACCGUCUGUGAAUGUUUUGGGCGGUAACUUAGUCCGAAAGAAGAAGAAAUGA